GUCCUUGCGAGCGAAGAGUUGCGGGUGGUCGGUUAGACUCGGUCGCAGGAGGCUGCCUUUCUGAGGCAGAGACUUCGGUCAAUGCAAACCGGGAGUUUCCCACCUGGAGUGCCCGCUCCCGCUCCGAAAGGGGAGGGAGGGGGAGCAUCAUUCAAGGCCGAAAUCAGGGUUACAAAAUGUCCUCCUAUGCUUGAAAUCUAUAGACUACAUGUUCUUCAAGAACUAAGCCGUGGUUUUUCAUCUUCUGGAAGUACACAUAAGCAUAAAUAUGAUGCCAAAACUCAUUUUCAUUCUCUGACUGCAGUUGAUUUGGACAUACUUCUGUGUUGAAGAGAAGUAUACACACUGAGGACAUCAUUGUUCAGAGACUGUCGUGUAGGAUCAUGGACCAUUCUAACAGGGAGAAAGAUGAAAGACAGCGGACAACUAAAACCAUGGCACAAAGGAAUACACACUGUUCCCGACCAUCUGGUACCUCAGCAUCCUCUGGAGUUCUCAUGGUGGGACCCAACUUCAGGGUUGGCAAGAAGAUAGGGUGUGGGAACUUCGGAGAGCUCAGAUUAGGUAAAAAUCUCUACACCAAUGAAUAUGUAGCCAUUAAACUGGAACCAAUAAAAUCACGUGCUCCACAACUUCAUUUAGAGUACAGGUUUUAUAAACAGCUUGGCAGUGCAGGUGAAGGCCUCCCACAGGUAUAUUACUUUGGACCAUGUGGGAAGUACAAUGCCAUGGUGCUGGAGCUCCUUGGCCCUAGCUUGGAGGACUUAUUUGACCUCUGUGACCGAACGUUUACUUUGAAGACGGUGUUAAUGAUAGCCAUCCAGUUGCUUUCUCGAAUGGAGUAUGUACACUCAAAGAAUCUCAUUUACCGAGAUGUGAAACCAGAGAACUUCUUGAUUGGCCGACAAGGCAAUAAGAAAGAACAUGUAAUACACAUAAUAGAUUUUGGACUGGCCAAGGAAUACAUUGAUCCUGAAACCAAAAAACACAUACCUUACAGAGAGCACAAAAGCUUAACUGGAACUGCACGAUACAUGUCUAUCAACACGCAUCUCGGCAAAGAGCAAAGCCGGCGAGAUGAUUUGGAAGCCCUAGGCCAUAUGUUCAUGUACUUCCUCCGUGGCAGCCUACCCUGGCAAGGACUCAAGGCUGAUACAUUAAAAGAGAGAUAUCAAAAAAUUGGUGAUACCAAAAGGAAUACUCCCAUCGAAGCUCUCUGUGAGAACUUUCCAGAGGAGAUGGCAACCUACCUUCGGUAUGUCAGGCGGUUAGAUUUCUUUGAAAAACCUGAUUAUGAAUAUUUACGGACCCUCUUCACAGAUCUGUUUGAACGGAAAGGCUACACCUUUGACUAUGCCUAUGAUUGGGUUGGAAGGCCUAUUCCUACUCCAGUAGGAUCAGUUCAUGUAGAUUCUGGUGCAUCUGCAAUAACUCGAGAAAGUCACACACACAGGGAUCGGCCAUCACAACAGCCUCUUCGAAAUCAGACUGCAUCAUCAGAGCGCCGAGGAGAGUGGGAAAUCCAGCCCAGCCGGCAGACCAAUACCUCAUACCUGACGUCUCACUUGGCCGCAGACCGCCAUGGGGGUUCAGUACAGGUGGUUAGCUCAACCAAUGGAGAGCUGAAUGUUGAUGACCCCACUGGAGCUCACUCAAAUGCACCAAUCACAGCUCAUGCCGAGGUGGAGGUAGUGGAGGAGGCUAAGUGCUGCUGUUUCUUUAAGAGGAAAAGGAAGAAGACUGCUCAGCGACACAAGUGACCAGUGCCUCCCAGGAGUCCUCAAGUCCUGGGGACUCUGGCUCCAAUUGCACCUGCAGCUCCUGCCAUUUCUCAUUGGAAGGAACUCCUCUGUGGGGGAGGGUGGAGAUCCAAACCAAAAAGAAGAAAACAGAUGGCCCCAGAAGGAGCCAGUGCAGGCAGCCAGGGCCCAGUGGGCCAGUGGCAAUCCCUCUGUCUGAGCUCUGAGCAGGUCCAGAGCUGCUGCUUCUCCACUGCUUGCCCUUGGGCUAUCUGGUUGACUCUCUUCCCAUUGUUUACAGUGAAGGUGUCAUUCACAAAAACUCAAGGACUACUAUUCUCCUCCCUCCUCUUCCUUUAUUCCUGGCUCUUACACCACCCUCAACCCUUUCCAACAUAAAAACUACUAAGCUAAAGGCUCUUUCAAGUAGCUGGUGGUGUGGCCUAGAAGGUAGGAGGAAGAUGACAACCCUGGGCUGGAGGACUUCUCCACUUCCCAGGUGUGUCUAGUAGGAUGACUUCCUUUCCCUCUGUGCCUGGGUGACUCCAGCCCAGCUGGCCACUGGAUUCAGGUCCUUCCCUCUGUCCCUCCCUUCCUCCCCUGCUCCUGUGAAGUUACACUGUAGGACACAAGCUGUGAGAAAUCUGCAGUCUACUGUCCCUGUGUGUUGACGUUCUUAGCUUUUUUGAUAAGCAACUCCCUUGCUCCGACUGUAGCAAAACACACCUGUGGUUCUGAGCAAAGGAAAGGAAACUGACUUUAUUGCACUUUUAGUUUUGGGGGGUUUUGUUUUUGUUUUAUAAACAACAUGGCAGAUGCAUAUUGUGUCUGGUUAUAUUGGUUGGGGGGUGCUUUUUUUCUGUUUCAAGGGGGAUGGGCCAGCCAAGCCAUUCAGAGAAAACGUGGGUCCAGAGGACAUUCUUGAUGGAGUGAUUUGCAGCCCUUGGAAGAGAAGAAGCCAAACUUUGUGUCACCCUGAGUGAAUUCUCAGGUUGGCAAGGAUACAUACUUGAAUUUUCAUUCAUCUUCUCCGCUGCAGAGAAAAGUCCCCACCAGAGCCCCUUGACCUAAUCAGCCUAGAGCUUGAAAGCCCUGCUCCUGAGCACUUGGGAUGAGCACCAAGCCGGACUGUGAUCAACCAGGAAGGCACCUCAUCUCAGAGAGGAGAUACUUAACAACAAAGCAAAAUUUCUGUUUCCUCCACUGCCAGGGACUUCCUACUAGAUAGCCAUGUGACUUUCUGUUGACUUGGGGGACAACAUUAGUGACUAAACAGCCACCACUGUAUUGCCAGUAGUGGACGAAAGAGGGCAGCAAAUCUGCCUUCCAACUGCCAGAGGAGCCUCAGGAUGCAGCAUCCUGAGGCCGGGAAAAGACAUCAGUGUGUCAUGUCUGCCCCAAGACUGAGUUAGAGCAUCUAGACUGGUCUGCCUUAGAAAUCAAGCCUGUGGUGAUCUUGGAGCAGGUCCAUAGCAGCAGGCUUAAAACUUGGUACAUGGGGGUGCAGUAAGCAGGGAAGGUAAGAUUGGUUGGUGCUGGGAAAUUCCAGGGAAAAUGAAUCUGUAAUGAAAGGUUUAAAAUUCUGUCAUAGCAAUUGAACAGAGACUCUUUCCAGAUAAUAUGACCGUAUAUUAGCAUGUGUUCCCCAGUACACUUUGUACCUGCCACAAUGGCAUCUUCACUGGGCAUGCCACCGUGCCGCAUCACUGGUCGCAUAAAUAGUGGGGGGGGGGUACUCUUCUCAUGUUCUGUUUUCAUUUUGGUGACAUUUCCAAGGAUUAUUCACGUGAUCAAAGAGGUCUUAUAUCUGGGUAUAAAGAGCUGCCCGCAUAGGGCAGCGACUAGUGACUUAGUGCAGCGCAGGACUCUGCUUGUAUAUGUAGAAGACUGGAGGAUGUCAGGACUCUUUGUGGUCAUGUUUCAGAAAUACUAUCAAACAGAGCAGAGUUUAUGCGCCUUGUGUGUUCUGUUGGACCUUGGCUAGGGAACCUCUCUCUUUACUGGCUUCAGACCUGCUCAGCCUUUGUAAAGAUUGCUACUCAGUCAUUUAUUUACAAAAAAAAAAUGUUUUUUUCUCCAUGAAACAGAGUAGCAGGGAGAAGUCGGGUCAAACCCCUUCCUCAUAAGGAAUUUGAGUGUUAGGAUUUGCUUCCUUCUUAUUAUGUAGUAGUUAAAGCUCAUCACUAAAAUUUACAUAGUCCCUCGUUUGGCAUGUGGACAACUCUGACUUCCCCUACAGAAACUUAAAAAUCCUCGUACCAGGAAAUGGUGUCAAGGCCUAGAGCAUCCUGGCACUCUCUGUCCCACUAAGUGCCUCCCCAACCCUGCCUCCACAGUAAAGCAAAAGGCAGUGAUGAGUUCGGCUGCAGGGUAGAAUGCCCUGUAGCUGGGCCUAAGACUUCUUUUUUGUCUUAACAUAUUUUUAUAGGCUAGCUCUUGAGAGGUUGGACCUGAGUGGUUUGUGGGAGUGGGGAAGGGUCCUCCCUAAUGCACUGUUGGCACCCUCCAGCCCCACAAAUCCCUUCCUUUCUAGAUAUUUGGGUUUUGUAACAUAGGUCCCUUUAACUUGCAGGGCAGCGGUGAUCCUUUCAAGGCCAUUGACACUCCAAGGUGGUCCCAAAGCUGGGCAAUUCUCUUAUUAUCUUCCUUAAAUUUUUAAUUCUGAAUUCUCUAGAAAAAAUGCUCAUCUGUUACAACCCCACCAGCACAUCAGACUCCUUACACAUCCCUGUUUCUGUCAGUUGCCUGGCUGCAAGCUCAGCCAGAUCCUAGGGCAUAGGCGCUCCCCUCAUCUUCCCUCAUCAAAGUCCACUGUUCCAACUCAGUUGUGAGACCUAAGGAUGGUUUACGUUAGGACUAAUGCAUUUACUUCCUCUUAAGACUGACUCAUCUGUUCUUUGAUGCUGUACUAUUUGGACUUUCCUCCAGCUUUGCUGUCCUUGAGGCGUUGCAACCUGAGCAGACUUGGGUACAAGAAGGCCAGCGGUUACAACAAGGUGUCUUUGCAGUGUCUAGUCAUACAAGUGGAUCUUGAGAGUUCUCGCUCCAGACUGCCCACAAGGCUGCGCUGAAUAUGCCAGCACCUAGUGGGCACUCAUGACUGCCUUAAUUAACAGUCUUCUAUUGUGGGUCUGUCUAGGAGCAAACAGGGUCUGUAAAGGAAUGUGUACAUCAGGUGACUACGUAAGUCUCCAGUUCAAGUCCCAUUUCAAUCGAAACAAACUAUGUGAGACAGCAAGGAUCCUAAGGUUCCUGAAAGUGUUAGUUUCAUUUUUAGUGAUUGACAAGAACUCAGAAACAGCCCAUGUCCAUUAGCCAGAUGGUGUCCAUCUUCUGUAAAGUAACUUCCAGUUUAGUUCAGAGGAAAACUACGCUAUAGUGCUUAUUUAGUGUUGAUAUCCAUUGUUAGCAACCACUUAUAAUGCCAGCAAUGGUAAUGUUAUGUUAAAGUGGUUACUAAGGAUCAUAGCCUUAAUAUUAAAAAUAAUGUAAAAGAUAAUUCAUUCCCCUCCAUAUUGAGCAAGCAUGGCUGCAUUUCUCAGUAACUUCCUCAGAAGCCUAGGAAGCAUUUCCUAAAAGGAACUUGUUCUCUAUCUUCCAGUGCAUCCCUUCCAAGCCCACGUGACUCCUAUGUCCCAGUCGCCUCUUCCAAGUUUCAUACUGAAACCAGUUUUCCAUUCCUGUGUAGUUGCCCUGAUAAUGAUUUGUCCAGUGUCAGUCAUGCCAGGGCUUGAGUUUUUAAGACCAGGAGUUUGCAUGGUCAUACAACCAACAUUGCCUUUGCCAAGCCACUGCCACCAUCUGCUCCAUUGCCCCAAGUGGGUAGGUUGAUUCCGGAGACCCUCAGGGAGCCAGGAUAAUUAGGUACCCAUCUGGAGUGGCCAUGUGGGUAACAAGCACUUAUCUCUGGGUUUCUUGGUUUUGCAGACUUCAAGGAAGUCCCAUGUCGAUGUUGAUGGCCAAUGACUCCAGCCUUCCCCAUAAUGGGUUGGUAGGAAUCAAAUAAGAAUUCCUUUGUUGGGGGAAUUUGUUUUAAGGGGGUUAGUUUUUAAGUAUGGAAAAGAAGAGGCCACUGUGGUCCUUCUGUGAGUGUGUAGUUUUGAGCAGUGUUUUCAUCCCCAGUCUUGGGAGUCUCUGAGGGAGUCUUAAGGUAUUUGUCCUACUCCUUUUGCAGGUAACUAAGUACAGAAGAAUAGAGUUCUUAUUGUAUCAAAAUAGUAAGUAGAUCCCUGAAUAUAGGCAAUAGUAGUUGACAUAGUUUCUCAAUAAAACAACCAGGAAACCCACUCCAGUAUUUACAGAUCAGCUUAUCAAGGGGGAAAAAAGUGAACAUGUACUCCAUAUAUCUCUAGUUCAGUUACCAAACUUGAUGUUAUAAAGAAGCCUCAGUUGUGUGGACAGGUUCUCUCCCCUACCUUUCUUCCCUCCUCUACUCUCCCUUUGCCCCUGCCAUCACAAUCAUUUUUCUGGUGCCAUCACCACCUUUAAGGUCUCAGAGCAGAAGAUUAUCUUUGGUAAUAAGCCAGAGUGCAUUGCCGUCAUCCUAGCCACACACAGACAACUGCCAUCCUGACUAACCCAAACCCACCUUUCAGGGUAGGUGAAGCUUUUUGGUACUCCUCUUCAGGAGCUCCAGACCAAAUCCCAGGCCAGCCUGUGCACCAAAGCCUUUUAGAAGGCUUAACAAUCUGUUAGGAAUGUCUCAGGAAACAUGAGCCAUUUCUUGGGGGAUAUAUGUAUUUACAGAUGGAUAUGUGUGCCCGUCUGUGUGUUUUACUCUCAUAGCACAGGCUCCUGGGAACUGUUCCUCAGUGUUCUCAGAGACAGUGUGAUCUGUGAGCAAGCUAGCUCUGGGAAGGAGCUCUGUUUAUCAAGCAGAGAACAGCAGAAAAGAUGAAACCAAAAAUCCUAUAACCCUCCAAUGGAAAAUAAUGUUGAUGCAGCAAUUCCCAUUGGAUAUACUACACUCUCUAAUUUAUUGUCUUUUUUUUUUUUAAGUUUUACCCAUUGUACUCUUUAAAAGAUGUUGGAUGUUGGUUGCCAUUUUUUUAAAGUUGAUGUCUAAAUCAGCUGUGGAAAUCAGUUUUAAUUCAUGUGUGGAUAUGUCUAGUUAUUAUUAAAUGUCUUUUUUCUACUUUUUUUUUAAAGAUAUGUAAUGUUUCAUAAACCCUGGCACUGGUUUAAAAAAAAAAACCGCAGCUGUGAAAAAAUGAAACUUGUAGUAUUUUUUAAAUGAAUGUCGAUUUCAAGUGUAUUUGAAAUGUUUCCUCCAAUAGAGAGAUUUGGACACCGUUGGGGAAAACUCCUCUGCAGAGGAAAUAGCCUUUGGAGAAAAUGGGAUGUGGGUCUGGAUAUGUUAUCUCAGAGGAGCCCGUCUCAGAGGGCACCGUGGACAACACAAAUGUGAUCUUUGAGUACAUCUCUUCCCCAGUUUUGGGGGGAAAGUACUCAGUCUGCACCCUUUUUGUAUGUAAAAUAAAAUGUCCUACCUUUCUUGGCUA